UCACAUUGGGAGUUUCUGGUUUCCUAGCAACUGGGCCAUGCUAGCUUGACGCGGCGGUGCUGUGGUCAGCCUGCAGCAUCAGAGGAAAAAUAACAGGCUAAACAGAGUGAAUUACCGCCCUGGUUGUGGAAGAUGGUGGCCAAACAGAGGAUCCGGAUGGCCAACGAGAAACACAGCAAGAACAUCACGCAGAGAGGAAACGUAGCCAAGACGCUGCGACCACAAGAGGAGAAGUACCCUGUAGGCCCCUGGCUGCUCGCCCUCUUUGUAUUCGUUGUUUGUGGAUCAGCCAUAUUUCAGAUCAUCCAAAGUAUCCGUAUGGGGAUGUGACCCAGGGGGAGGACAGGGACCCCCACCCCCCUCUUCAUGUCAACACUGAGCCUGGCUAGCCGACGCCUGCACAUCUCAUCGGCCCCCCUCCUCUCCAGAGACCAUCAGCACUUACGGAUGGACCCCUGCCCUCCAUCAGCGUUUACAGUGUUACAGUCUGUGGUACUGACAGCUUUUCUAUGGACAGUCUUAAACCACGCCGGCUGGAGAACCUGUUCCAUUAAUCGCUUGGCUCGCGUGUGCAGAGGUGUGAGUGAUUCCUGCUGAUAAUGUGCCAUAUCCGUCUAUGUACGUUUUCAUCUUUAUUGUAUGAAAAUCGAGUUUUUUUCUUUUGUUUUUUCAAAUAAAUGUGAAGCAGUUA